UUUCUUUUUUUUUAAACAUGGCUGCCCGUGGCUUUGUUUACAAACUUAUACCGCUGGUGAGAGGAGGGCUCCGCGGCAGGACGUCUUGUCCCGCACGUAUACCUGUCCGUGCGUUUUCGUGCACAGCAAGUCGUUCCCAGUUACACAGCGUGGAGGGGACCGGCGGUCCUCUGGCGGGGAAGGUGGACCGAUUCGGUGGAGUCACGGUGAACCUGGCUGACAUCGGUUUACCGGCUGACAUCAGCGAAUGUUUAUUUAGCACAUUACUGCAAGAGUCUUUGGUGCAGUGGAAAUCUGAGGGGAAGGUGGCCGUGUGGCUUCGAGUACCCAUCUCACUGAGUCGAUGUGCUGCCGCAGCUUCUACUCACGGCUUCACCUUCCACCACGCCACACACGACCACGCCGUCCUGUCGCUCUGGCUGGGGGAAGGGGAAAGCAGACUGCCGGGGUUUGCAACUCACCAAGUUGGAGUGGCAGGUGCAGUCGUUGACGAGUCCAAUGGAAAAGUUCUUGUUGUCCAAGACCGAAACAAGACAAAGAAUGCCUGGAAGUUCCCCGGUGGUCUGUCUGAUCCAGGAGAAAAUAUCGGUGUCACCGCCGUACGUGAAGUUUUCGAGGAAACCGGCGUUCGCUCCGAGUUCAGAUCUCUGCUCAGCAUCCGGCAGCAGCACAACCACCCCGGCGCCUUCGGCAUGUCGGACAUGUACAUCAUCUGCCGACUCAGCCCGCUCACCUACGACAUCAAUUUCUGCACCCAGGAAUGCCUGCGCUGCGAGUGGCUGGACCUCGCCGAGCUGGCCAAGACAAACGACACCACGCCCAUAACCUCUCGCGUAGCCAGGCUUCUGCUUCACGGCCUAGAGCGAGGCUUCGGCGAGAUCGACCUCAGCAUGGAGGAGCUUCCUGCUGUCUACUCGGGGAUGUUCUACCAGCUGUACCACAGACAGCUUCCCCAACACCAAAGUCCUAGUGCACCAUCAUCAAACUGAUGGG